AUGCAAGCGUCAUGGUUACUCAGUAGUGGCGACAUCAACAGAGGACAGUAUGAGAGGAACGUCAUGAACAUAGCUUUUCAUCUUCUAGAAAUAUUUGAAUCUUUAACGAUGGGUUUGUCGACCAAAGAUAUGAUGGAUCUCCUUCGAGAAGCUAGGACGAGUUAA